AUGGCGGUUGUCAAGGUCGUCCAGGACCCUGCCGUUCCCCGUGAUGACACUUACAGGAGGUCUACCAUCCACACAAGGCCUGGUGAACCGGCGAACUCGGUCUCUAAGCCUACUCCGCGUGAGAAACAGGUUGCGGCCAGACCGGUCACGAAGAGCAAACUUCUUGGUCUCGGUGGUCCUGGCGGUGGUUCUUCAAAGCUGAGCGGACGGCCAGCUGCUGCGGCCAAACCUAUGCUAACUUUUCGGCCUCUACCUGGCGGCUCUCAGUUUGCUGCACAGCCUAGGAUCGUACCGCAACCUGUUGCAGCUGCAGCUGCGUCUCAUAUCCAUAACUAG